AAUUAGAAAUUAGUCAGUUUCAGGCUUUCAGCUACUUUGGACAUCCCUGUAAAAAUGAUCGACAGUUACUGUGUAGUAAGUUAUUUGUGAUAACAAAGUCCACUUGUGAAAUUUCCGAUAAUUGCUAUUUUUUUUAUCUACUGUCAGUUUCUAAAUUCGAUGAUAAGUAAGUGUGUAAAUAUUCCUGUGACGCCGAAAGGAACCCAACAUAAUUUAUUUUUUAAAAUUUUCUUUUCCGUCCGAAUCUAGUCGUCCGUGGAUUGCUAAGGGCUGUCACUAGGUGGCUAAAUAUUUCAGUGUGUUUAGGGAUUGAACUAUUCGACCCUAGUGCGUCAAAGCCCUGACUGCAGAUUCCUGUCUUUUCUUUCCAGACGGUGUCCGAGAACGUUGGGCGAGGCAUUGCGAGGUAAUUGUGUUCCUGAAAGUGUUCGUCAGAAAAAUGGUAACUACCUGUAUUCUAUAUGGUUAUCGAAAAUGAGAUUUUUGUGCGUGGUGAAUUUACAAGUAACAUGUUCAUCAACGUGUACAAUCCCAUCAUCAUGUGUUCUGCUGUAUAAUUUCCUAAAAUGUCGUCACUUGCUUUACGUUGCACGUUUCGUCACAAGAUGAGGUAUUUCCACGCCAUUCGUCUUCGAUCAAGUUGAACCGAAAGUGAACUAAUAUAAAGCAACAUAUCGAAGAUCGUGCCUUUAUCCACGUGGUCGCUGCCGUGUCAUGAAGAAGUUGAGAGGGUCUCUUCUUUAUUGCAAGACAAAUGUGAUGAAAAGAAGAAAUCUGAGAAGCAGUGUCAAUGUGAUGCUGCAUACUGUCAAUGGAGCUGGUGUUAUCCACAAGUUUAGAAGCAAAACUAGAAGCACAGCUGCAAGAACACAUCUCGAAAUGGAUGGUGGAAAUUUGCCGUGGUUUUGCAGUCUGCUGCCUGUUCAAGCUGUUGCUAUCCUGGAUUUUGCCUUAAUCCUUGAAAUAGCAGAUGUUGGUGGCAUCCAGAUGUUGCUGUGGCAGUGUGGCAGUGAAAUUCGGGUUGAAGAUUAAAAUACUUUCGUCUGAUAAAUGUUUAUCGAUCCAUGUAGCGUAUGAUUGAAGUAACUUGAUAUUAAUUUGCUAUUCCAUGUCACAUGUUGCAGCCUGUGUUGGUGAGAGUUCUUUGACACUAAGUUCUAUCUGCUGUUGAUGUUGGAUAUGAUAUUACCUUUAUCCACAUCCACAUGAUAUCAAAUUAUUCCUUAUUAAUUGAUGGCCAAACCUCCUAAGUCAAACCUGCAAUCUUGUGUUAUGUCAACUUCAUUGUUUAUAUCUUAUCACAUUUCACUUGUAAUCUAUAUAAAUAUAAAUAAUACCCAAAUUAAAAAAUACCAAUCAACUGAAAUGCUUUAAAUAGAAUGAAAUAAAUCUAAAUA